CCAAUAGGCCAUUGAGGAGGAAGGGGGAAAUCCUGAAGAGAUUCCAGUCGUUUCAGAGAUAACGGUCAAGAAAACUCCAAAAAGAAGCAGCAAAGGGCGCAAACCAGAGGAAGAGGGUGUUGAAGAUAAUGGACUGGAGGAGGAUUCUGGAGAUGGACAGGAGGAUAUUGAAGCAAGUUUGGAUAACUUGCAGGAUAUUGACAUGAUGGAUAUUAGUGUGUUAGAUGAAGCUGAAAUAGAUAAUGGCAGUGCUGUAGAUUGCGGAGAGGAUUACAGUGCUGAUAAUAUUCUUGACUCACUGUCUGAUAGUAAAGAAAAUGAUGAUGCAGAAAUGAAAGAACUUCCAGAUCAGCCUACAGAAUAUCCUGUAGGUAACUUGGAGGCAUCUCCGCAAUUAUCAGAAAUUAAAGAAGAAUCAAGAGAAAUACCAGUAGUGAUGGCAGAGAGUGAAGAUGUUGGGAACUGUUUAGAUGCUACUUCAUCUGAUUUGAUUAUUGUAAAGGAAAUUGAAGAACUGCCUUUGGAGCCAGAAAAUGAGAAAAUACUCGACAUUUUGGGGGAAACUUGUAAAUCUGAGCCACUUAACGAAGACAAUUCCGAAGUGGAGCAGCCAUUUGCACAGGAAGGAAGUAACGUGGUGCCAGGCAGAAAGCUAGCAGAGGAAGAGGACGCUCUUGCUGCCGCUGAGUCGGAGGAAGAGGCCUUAGCUUUGGACAGCAAAUCGGCCCCAGCAGUGGCAAGGAAGGAGGCAAAGCGUUUAGUUGUAGCGAAAGGGGAGACAAGUGAACAGACAAUAGAGGAAGAGAAACCGGAGGACUCUGAAUGUUUAGGAGUAGACCCCGUAAGCGAUCAGAGUAGCAAAGCCUCCCAAGGCCCGGAAGCCUCUAGUGGGGAAACAGCGGAUAAAGGCGCGGGUGCCGAAACCAAAGAUAGUAAAGAAGAUGCCAAGAAACCCGAAGACAAAGCUAAUGCUGAAGACUCAUCCGCUACUAAAGAGUCCUCUACCAAUGAGGGCGGUGAUCAGAAAAAGAGCUCUAUUGAGGAUGCAGAGACAAAGACAGUCUCAAAAGAUGAGAAAGGUCGUGCAAGUAGCAGUUCUGGUAGAAAUUUGUGGGUUAGUGGACUUUCCUCUUCUACCAGAGCUACGGACUUGAAGAACCUUUUCAGCAAGUAUGGAAAGGUGGUUGGUGCAAAAGUAGUAACUAACGCUCGCAGUCCUGGUGCUCGCUGUUACGGUUUUGUUACAAUGUCCACAUCUGAGGAAGCAACUAAAUGUAUUAGUCACCUCCACAGAACAGAGCUACAUGGAAAAAUGAUCUCUGUAGAAAAAGCAAAAAAUGAACCAGCUGGGAAAAAACCUUUAGACAAAAAAGAAAAUGAAGUAAAGAAGGAAAAAGACAGACACCAUUCUACAGAUUCCAAGUCUGAAAAGUCUGUCAAUAUUAAAAAGGAUGAGAAGACAGACAAGAAAGAUGAUGCUAAGAAAAUGGAAAAAGAUGGCAAAGAUGAAAAAGAAGGAAAAGAGAAAGAUGAACAGAAAGCAGGAGUCACGGAUCGCUCAAGGAUAAGCAAAUCAGGAAGUCGAGGAACUGAAAGGACAGUGGUGAUGGAUAAAUCCAAAGGAGAACCAGUUAUUAGUGUGAAAACUUCUACUACAUCAAAAGAAAGAAGCACUAAGAGCCAGGACCGCAAAUCGGAGAGCAAAGAGAAACAAGAUAUCUUGUCAUUUGAUAAAAUCAAAGAACAGCGAGAACGUGAACGCCAGCGACAGAGAGAACGAGAAAUCAGAGAAACAGAAAGACGACGGCGAGAGCAAGAACGGCGAGAGAGAGCACAACGUCUUCAAGCCAUUCAUGAACGGGAUGAAAGACAGAGGCUCCAGAGAGAGCGGGAGCGACUUGAAUUUCAAAGGCAGCGUCUUGACAGGGAACGUAUGGAGAGGGAGAGACUGGAAAGAGAGAGGAUGCAUAUAGAGCAAGAGAGGAGAAGAGAACAGGAGCGCAUUCAACGGGAGAGAGAGGAGCUGCGGCGCCAGCAAGAACAACUGCGCUACGAACAAGAGCGGCGGUCUGCACUGAGACGACCAUAUGACCCUGAUGGAAGGCGGGAUGAUCCGUAUUGGCCAGAGGCGAAACGAAUGGCGAUGGAUGAUAGAUACCACUCUGACUUCAGCCGCCAAGAGCGCUUCCAUGAUUUUGACCACAGGGAACGUGGCCGUUACCAAGACCAUUCUAUGGACAGGAGAGAAGGUUCAAGGGGAAUACCAGAUAGAGAUUCACAGCAUUAUCCAGAUGAGCGGCAUGGAGGACCAGACCGCCAUUCAAGGGAUGCACGAGACAGUUGGGGCAGCUACGGGUCUGACAGAAGAAUGAGCGAAGGGAGAGGGAUCCCGCCACAGUCCCGGUGGUGAAAGAGGUAUGCCUGGUCAGUCAGGACCAGGCCACGUGAUGAAUCGAGGAGGAAUGUCAGGGUAAGAAGCUUUGUCAAGGGUUUUUAGUUCUCGCCCGUCACUUCCUAUUCUUCUAAAUCCCACACUUGUGCACGCUUCUUUUAAUUGAAUCAUUUGGACGUUCCAAGAGCUAAAAGAAUUGUGCGUAGCCAUGGAGAGCGCCAACUCUUAGUCUCAUUACCAUUAGUGAUGUCACUUGAGACAAGAAUGUUCCAGCGGUUUUAUCUGGUGCACUGUAUUUCAAGGAUAAAAAAAAAAUGACUCAAAAGGUAAAUGCUGCAAACUGAAAGCAAUGCGUUAACUUUCAGCUUAUAAAAUUCCUGAAUGUUUGGCCUUGUUCUCUAGGCGUGGGGGCUUCAUUCAGGGUGGAAACCAGAACCAGAUGAUGCAGAGUAGUGGAAUGCAAGGGUUCGCAGGGCAGGACAGAGCAAACAGACCCAACGAUCCACGCUUCACCCGCCGCUACUGAAAAUUUUAAUUUUCUUUGAAUGCAAGAUGGCGACAGUGGUGAAUUCUGUUACCCAGGGUCACCGUCAAUUUAUGUAAUUAAAGAAAUUGCUGCCAUAUUGUAGCUGAAAUACUAUGUGAACUCAUUUGUUUGUUCAGCUUUUUUUUGUAAUAAAUGUGUUCUUGUUCCAACACCACUUAAGUUUCUGUUAAUGAAACAUUCCAUUUUUCAUAAACAAUAAAACCAGUUUACAGCUAA